AUGGAUCAAAGCGAAGAAAUAUCCAAAUAUAUAUGCGACACGGUAGUAAGGGUUGCUGAAGGCAAGAAGAGUUUUUACUCCAGGCCGAUGGAAGAUUUUCAACUAGACUUGUCCUCCUACAAGUUCUUUCACCUGGAGGGAAUAUCACUUGCCGACGCAAUAUCUGCCGCUGUACAAACCCUAGUAAAGGACUCCAGAUUCAGUCUUCUUGAGGUGAAUCUAGAAGCAUUGAAGUCGUUUUUUUCAUUUUCUUUUCUCCAUGUACUUCCCCACAGAUACCACAAUCUCGAUCACUUGAUAAACACGCUGUGCUUUGGAGACUUCAUUCUCCGAAGGUUGGAAAGGAUAUGCUGCUUGCCAAUGCUAGACAAGAUGUGCCUAGUGAUAGCAUUGAGCCUACAUGACGUGGGGCAUCCAGGGGAAAAAAGCAGAGAAAGGAUCGGAAGGCUGUAUGAGAUAUACGGGAGCCCCGACGCGAUGUCUUUCGAGGUGAUACAUGCAGCCAUAUGCAGGAAGGGGAUUGUUAGAUAUAGGCGCAAGCUGUUUGGGAGUAUGGAUAAUGUAGAGUUUGAGAAAAGAUUAGACUUCAUCAAAAAGAUGAUUUUUGCAACGGAUUUACAACUGAACAAAGAGAUAAUCGAUGCAUUUGAGGAAAAGUACUUUGAGAAGGAGAAGCCUGGGAGAGCGGCCAAGAGUAAUGCCAAGAGGGAGGUCUCUGAAAUAGAGCUGAAAAUGAUUGUAAAAAUAGCAGACUUGAGCUCGUGCUACAAGGACUAUAAGAUCUUUAAUAAGAACUCGAUUGCAUUUUGGUCGGAGAUGUAUGAUGACGACAGCUACAAUAGAACGCUUAAGGACAUAUGCGAGGAUAUAAAGCUUCUCGAGAACGUAUCGAUCCCCCUAGCAGAUUCGUUUUCCUUAGUAUUUGAGGACUUUAGAUUUCUGUACAACCAGGCUCUUGUAAAUCUUGAAGAGCAUAAGAAAUACUACAAGGAGCUUGAGAAAGAACAUGGGCUAGGGCACUCCUUGGCUGGGGAAGAGAACGGCCCUGAAGCCUGUGCACACUAA